AUGGCUUCGAUUAUAAAUCGAUCAUUUCUUACUUAUUUUCGUAAUUAUUCUUCAUCUAAAUGUUUGCCCUUAAUCAAAAGUAUUCGUUCGAUGUCCACUGAUCAUCAUCGCCCACUGAUGCUUAUGAAUAUUCCUCAUAUAGCUUCACCAAAUUUAUUUCUAGUGAUGAAAAAUUUCUUUUCUCGAAUAAUUAUCAAUGGAUAUUUUGAUUCAACAUUUGCUAUAAAACCAUUUUGUGAUGGUGCUCGACAAGCAUUAAUGGUCGUUUCACAUCUUAUUGCUAAUGAUCAAUUUGAUGAUCUUCCAGGAUUUGUUACACAGCAGGUUAUCAAUGAAGUCAAACAAAAUUAUAAACAUUUAACAUCACAACAAAAACAACAAAUUCCUGUUGAAGAAUCAGAAAUUAUUUUUUCUUAUCCAUAUUCAAUUGGUAUCGGUAUGGAUGAGCAAACAAAAACAUAUCUAGUAGAAGUUUCAAUGAUCUUUCAUGUACUUAAAAAUCCUGAAUUAUAUCAAGAAGAAAUGAUUCAUGCUACUGGCAAUACAGCUUCGAAUAUGAUAGCAACAAUGAGAAAAAUGAGAGAUAAUGUUAUCGUUUGUAAUUAUAAAUUUUUACGUAAUAUGAGUAAAAAUGCUAAUGAUGACAGUUGGAUUAUAACUGGACUUAAUCAUUGGUCACCAACUGAAUACUUUAAACAGGAAUAA